UAGCCUCAGCUCCAUACAGACAGUGAGAGACAGCCAUGGAGAGGCGGAGAGCGGACUGCUUUCUUUGUUAUUUUUAAACUCUUGCAAUUCGCAACAAUGACACUGUCGGCUGGGACUCGUGUCGGUCCGAUAGCCCGAUGCACUCGCAAGCAGAAAGAUUUUCACCGGAGUUCUUUUGCAGUGGCAUAAGUAGAAUUCUGGAUCGAAUAGUUGUGCAGUGUGGGCUCUACGGGGACGUGGUAUAUGGAUGCUGGGACUAUGAGCAUAAGCGACAAACGGGGCUACUUAGCAGACCUAGGAGGCAGCUUCACUGAGGAUGCUCCCAGACCUCCUGUCCCCGGUGAAGAAGGAGAGCUCAUAUGCAGUGAUGGUCGCCAGCACAGCAACCUCGGCUUCUCCUCGAAGAAUGAGAGCCUCAAAUGUGAGCCGUCUGUGGCUACACCCAGGCGAUCUGACUUGGACCUGGGUUACGAGCCGGAGGGCAGCGCUUCGCCAACACCACCCUACUUAAAGUGGGCGGAAUCUCUUCAUUCUCUCCUGGAUGACCAGGAUGGCAUCCUGCUGUUUAGGACGUUCCUCAAGCAAGAGGAAUGUGCAGAUAUGUUGGACUUCUGGUUUGCCUGCAGUGGUUUUCGGAAACUUGAAGCCAGUGAGGUUACUGAGGAGAAGAAGGUGAAACUGGCAAAGCUGAUAUACAAAAAAUACAUCCUGGACAACAAUGGGAUUGUCUCUAGACAGAUCAAACCAGCUACAAAGGCCUUCAUCAGAGACUGUGUGAUGAAGCUUCACAUUGAUCCUGCCAUGUUUGAUCAGGCUCAGACUGAAAUACAGACUAUGAUGGAGGAAAAUACCUAUCCAUUAUUCCUUAAAUCUGACCUAUAUUUGGAAUACACACGGACAGGGGGUGAAAGCCCAAAGUUGUACAGUGACCAGAGCUUGGUUUCUGGCAAUGGAAAGGGGCUAUCGAGCUAUUUACCACCUUUAAAGGAGUAUGAGGAAUGGAGAUGCGACCAAGGACCAGAGGAGCUGCCUGAGUGUGACCCCACGCCAAGCAGCCGUCUUACUCAGAAGCUGCUGAUGGAGACGGCACAGCAACGAGUUGCCAACAGCACAAGAUUCCAGGACAGUCACGAGUACAGGCAUGCACCAUGUCGGGAGACAAUCAACCCGUACUACGUCAACACUGGCCAUGUUAUGGCUCCUGCCACCAGCGCCAAUGACAGUGAGCAACAGAGCAUGUCCAGUGACGCAGACACCAUUUCCCUUACGGACAGCAGUGUAGAUGGGGUUCCACCCUACAGAUACCGCAAGCAGCAUCGCCGCGAGAUGCAUGAAAGUGCCAGAGCAAAUGGGCUAGUGCCACUACCUCAUAUUCCACGCCCAAACCGGAUUCCAAAGGAUAUACACGUGGAGCCAGAAAGGUUUGCUGCAGAGCUGAUCAGGAGACUGGAGGGUGUACUGAAAGAGAGGGAGGCUCAGGAGAAACUAGAGGAACGACUGAAGAGAGUACAGUUGGAAGAGGAGGCUGACGAAGUCAUGAUGGCCACAGCAACAUCAUUAUCCAGUCACAGGUUCCCCCCUGGUGCUUAUUCACAGAAUUACAACCCCCGCUAUGCUGACAACACCUACAGCGGUCCUUUUGUCGGAGAUGCUCAUGAAGAAAACCCAGAGAGCAUCUUGGACGACCACGUGCAGCGAGUCAUGAAGACCCCGGGCUGCCAGUCGCCGGGAACCGGCCGUCAUUCUCCAAAGUUGCGCUCACCAGACGGUUUCCCAGGGAUAAAAGGGAUUGGGCUGCCAGGCCAGGGUAAACAUCCAUCCAGGCACGGUUUCAAGGGAGAAACUAGCCACUUGUACCACCACAAACACCAUAGCCACCACACAAGCGUGGGCAAGCCCAAAGAGCAGGUGGAGGCUGAUUUAGUCACGCAUGUGCAUGGGAGCUUUCCCUGGAGCAUCGAGUCAAGUCAUUACGGAUCAAAGUCUCGCAGCUAUGCAGACGGCAUGGGAUCCAACCCCAUGGACUAUGCAGGGUACAUCGGGAGAGGUGGCACCCAGUGUAAAAGAGCAUUCAAGAGAGGUGAGGAAUUGCGGCCUUAUGACAUGCCGGGGCCUGGAGAGGAGAUGGAGAAAAACCAGAAGAUCCUUUUGUGGCUGAUGGAAGGACAGAAAGAAAUGGUUCAACAUAAGAGAAGCCCAUAUGGGAGCACCACUGGGUCCAAAAGGACUGUUGGACAUGAAGGAUCCCGCCUCGGCUCAACAGAGCGGUCAGGGUCGAUGCAUCCGUGCAUCAGUGGCCAGCUGCGGAACAGUGUGCAGCCGUCUCACCCUUUCAUCCAGGAUCCCACCAUGCCGCCCAACCCAGCUCCCAGCCCCCUCAUUCAGCUGGAGGAGGUUUGCCGGCGACUCGAGGAGGAGAAGAUGAAGUCCGGAACAUUGCAGCCUAAGCAAAGGUAUGUGCUGGAGGUGAUCCAGAGGGGUCGCACAGCAGUCAGGCCCGCACAGUUCCCUCAGCUCAGCGUUGUACCUGCAGUUUCAGACAGCGAGCUCUCCGAGCCCGAACAUAAAGCUACUAAAAAGCAGCCAUGUGAAAACAUUACUGUGGCGUACUACUUCUGUGAGGAGCUGAUACCUUACAGGACUUCUGUCAAAGGGAGGGUUGUCACGCUGGGUCAGUUCAAAGAACUGCUAACAAAGAAAGGAAAUUACAGGUAUUAUUUCAAGAAGGUAAGCGAUGAGUUUGACUGUGGGGUGGUGUUCGAAGAGGUACGUGAAGAUGAUGCUAUCCUGCCCAUCUUUGAGGAGAAGAUCAUUGGCAAAGUAGAAAAAGUUGACUAAAUUUUAAAGAGGAGAGAGCCGAGUAGCCAGCGUAUGAUGGACUGAGGAGCAAGUGGAUGGUGAAGAGGAAGUGCUUUACAAAGGAGAAUGGAUAAGGAGGAGGAGAGAAAAAAGUGAUUCUGCAAAGGUGGAUCCAGAGUCAGAAGAUUAUAGCAGUGGUCAUUGACUUCUGUAUCACGGCUGCAGUGAAGUUGGACUUGAAGAAGAAAAAUCUUUUGGAGUGUAAUGUAGCAUUGUAAAGUUUACUAGAAAACAAGAACAAAAAGUGCUACUAAUGCUACGUAUUUUUGAUAAUGACUUAUCAAAGGGUUUCCUUUCUAAAAUAACUGCACUUGUAAUUUUUAUAUGUAUUGAUACCAGAUGUGUACAGUUUGUGUUAAAAUACAGCAAAAAUUUUCUAUCUAUUUAAGUAUUUAAAUUGCUACUUUUAAACCUAAUUAAAGCUGAAGCGUUGCCCCUCGUGAAGACGAUCCGAAUCCUCGAUAGGGUUGAUUCUUUUUUUCUUUUUUUCAUUAAUUGUAAGAGCCCUCUGGACGCUAAUGUUUGUGACUUUCAAAGUGCUUUUAAUACUUCACUUCUCAGAACUUUAUUUAGAGGCAUUAAAUCAGACUGCUUGUUCGUUAUAUUAUAUACUACUGACUCGGUGUAGACCUUCUAAAGAACCCAUUCCUGCAACCCAGUGCAGUAAUGUCACAUUUUAUUAAUGCAUUUAAGAAUAUAUUUCAAAAGUCCAAUACAGAAUAGAUUAUACCUGAGUAAAAGUAGGAUGGCAACCUUCUUGCAACUAGAAAAAAACAGUUUGAUUGCACUGAAUUUGUUUACUGUUGGACUGCAAGUAGUUAUGGACAAGCCACCAGUGGUGCAACACCCUCAACCUGUGGGUGACCACGUUUGAUCUCCUCUGCCUUUUGAACAGGGCUAAGCAGUCACGAUUUGAGUUGGACUGACUGCAGUCACACUCAGAUUAGCAAAGACUGACACAUACAGUCAGGUCCAUAAAUAUUGGGACAUCGACACAAUUCUAACAUUUUUGGCUCUAUACACAACCACAAUGGAUUCCAAAUGAAACGAACAAGAUGUGCUUUAACUGCAGACUGUCAGCUUUUAUUUGAGGGUAUUUACAUCCAAAUCAGGUGAACAGUAUAGGAAUUAUGACAGUUUGUAUAUGUGCCUCCCACUUCUUAAGGG